GUGACUCGGGAGUAAUAAUAGCCGCAGUUUCGCAGAUUAGCCCCCACUCAGGGAAAAGUCGCCGCAAUUUGACUACAGUUGGACGCACUAACGAAAGCAAACUCUAUGCUAUAUUAGGACACAGAAAAGAUCAAAAUCUCGCGUUCGGAUCAGCCUCUCUGUCAUGUCGCCAAUACAGCGCAGCGCUCCGCAUCCACCCAAAUCGGAGUAGGGUCGUCAGUACAGCGCGACGCCCUGCCAGUAGCCGCCGCAACCGGCCGCCGGUCCCGCGCGAGGGGAGGAGGAGAUCACUGCGGCGGCGUCUUCUGCCGGUUUGAGGAUUCGGGGCAUCACUGCAGCAGCUGGCGCCAGGCUCCAGCAUGGACACGGCGUUUCUGAGUCCUCCGCUUGCCCGUAAUCUGGUUUAUGACGAGUUUGCCGUUCUUCACCCCACUAGCUACCCUUUUCAUACUCUUCGGUAUUUGAGAUGCAAUCCAAUGUAUUCGAGACCGCUGCUAACAAUAGCACCAGCCUCACCAUCAAGGGGCUUGAUUCAGAGAGUGGCCGCACUACCUGAUGUUGAUGAUUUCUUCUGGGAGAAGGAUCCUACUCCAAUACUUGACACAAUUGAUGCACCCAUUCAUUUGAAAAAUCUAUCUAGAGCUCAAGCAGUUAGCCGAUGAAGUUCGUUCAGAAAUAGCUUUCAUAAUGUCCAGAAAAUGCCAACCGUGUGGUGCUGAUCGCUCAGUUGUGGAGCUGACAAUUGCUAUACAUUAUGUGUUCAAUGCCCCAAUGGAUAAGAUACUAUGGGAUGCUGGUCAACAUGCAUAUGCGCACAAGAUUCUCACAGGAAGGCGCUCUCUCUUCCAUACUAUUACACAGAAAAAUGGCCUUUCUGGGUUCACGUCGCGUUUUGAGAGCGAGUAUGAUCCCUUUGGUGCUGGACAUGGAUGCAAUAGUCUAUCCGCUGGCCUUGUUUUUGAGUUACUUCUUAUCAGGGAUGGCGGUUGCAAGGGAUAUAAAUGGGAGAAAAAAUCGAAUAGUGACAGUUAUAAGUAAUUGGACAACCAUGGCUGGCCAGGUGUACGAGGCAAUGGGUCAUGCUGGCUUCCUCGAUUCCAACAUGGUGGUUAUUCUAAAUGAUAGCUGUCAUACCUUGCUUCCUAAAGCAGAUGGCGGGGCAAAGAUGUCAGUCAAUGCCUUUUCUAGUGCUCUAAGCAAGAUUCAAUCCAGCAAAGGAUUUAGGAGGUUUAGAGAGGCUGCUAAGGGACUUGCCAAAUGGUUUGGCAAAGGAAUGCACGAAUUUGCUGCCAAAGUUGAUGAGUAUGCUCGUGGUAUGAUAGGUCCUCAUGGUGCAACUCUUUUUGAAGAACUUGGAUUAUAUUAUAUUGGUCCUAUUGAUGGACGUAACAUUGAUGAUCUCAUCUGUGUACUUAAGGAAGUUGCGAGCUUAGAUUCAACUGGCCCAGUACUUGUACAUGUAAUUACUGGGACUGAAAAUGACACUGGUGGAAUUAUUGGAAGUGAAAUAAAUGCAGUUGAGGAAGGGCCUUCAAACUCAAGCCCUGAUCUUCUAAAGUUUUUAGGAACUGGACUUUCUAGGACAUAUAAUGACUGCUUUGUAGAAGCACUAACAGCAGAAGCAGAGAAUGACAAGCGCAUUGUGGUAGUUCAUGGCGGCAUGGGAAUCGAUCGAUCACUCCGCUUAUUCCAGUCCAGGUUCCCAGACAGAUUUUUUGACUUGGGCAUCGCUGAGCAACAUGCUGUUACCUUUUCUGCUGGUUUGGCAUGCGGAGGUCUAAAGCCUUUCUGCAUAAUUCCAUCCACAUUUCUUCAGCGAGCAUAUGAUCAGAUAAUUGAAGAUGUGGACAUGCAAAAGAUACCAGUUCGAUUUGCUAUCACAAAUGCUGGUCUGGUAGGAUCUGAGGGUCCAACUAAUUCAGGACCAUUUGAUAUUACAUUCAUGUCAUGCUUGCCAAACAUGAUUGUCAUGUCACCAUCUAAUGAGGAUGAACUUAUUGACAUGGUGGCAACAGCUGCAAUGAUUGAGGACAGACCUAUUUGCUUCCGCUAUCCUAGGGGUGCCAUUGUUGGGACUAGUGGAAGUGUAACAUAUGGGAAUCCAUUUGAGAUUGGUAAAGGAGAGAUUCUUGUCGAGGGAAAAGAGAUAGCUUUUCUUGGCUAUGGCGAGGUGGUCCAGAGAUGCUUGAUUGCUCGAUCUCUUUUAUCCAACUUUGGCAUUCAGGCGACAGUUGCAAAUGCGAGGUUUUGCAAGCCGCUUGACAUCGACCUAAUCAGAACGCUGUGCCAGCAGCAUAGUUUUCUUAUCACAGUGGAAGAAGGAACGGUUGGUGGCUUUGGAUCACAUGUCUCACAGUUUAUUUCUCUCGAUGGUCUACUUGACGGUCGAACAAAGUGGCGACCCAUUGUGCUGCCAGACAGGUACAUUGAGCAUGCAUCGCUCGCAGAGCAACUUGACCUGGCUGGCCUAACUGCUCAUCACAUAGCUGCAACUGCAUUGACCCUCCUAGGGCGUCAUCGUGAUGCCCUUCUGUUGAUGAAGUAGGGGAAGGAACCACCAAGAAGAAUGGAAUUGGAUAGAUAAAAGGCAAUAUGUGCAAAAGUUGAUUCGGAGGACGCUCAUCAUGCUGUUUUACGAUUGUGUUGUCUGGAUAGAACUGAAGCGUGCCGUGGGAGGUGGCCAAAUGCACAAAUCCCAAAGAGGGACGACAAAGCCUAUAGCACCAUAGAUUAAUAGUCACGGUGUAUAUACUAAAAAGAAUUUACAGAGCACCGAUGUAACGUUGUUACUGUGCAUGUUAAUACUGAAAUUGUGGUACGACGCCAACUAGGAGAAUGAGCUGGAGCUGACAUGUUUCAGUUAAUGUAAUAAAGCUACUUAGUUUUGUAUGUACCAAUUCAUUCCUUAAUAUUGGAAUUCAUAACCCUAGCGUUCACCUCA